GUUAUAACACUUGUAUUCAUUUUGUACUUGUCUUUGUGGUGUCUAUUUUAAAACUGUUUUUAAAGUUGAUAUAAAUUUAAAGUAAAAAAGUAUUUGAUGAUGUGGAAAAUCAACAUGUCGAUACGAAGAAGCACAGAUCCUGAGAUGACACAGAAGAUAUGGGAUGGAAUAAAAAUAACAAUACACCAAAGAAACUCUCCAACCAGUGAGCGUUUGAUAAAACAUUUUGUUAGAGUUUAUGGUUCAUCAGAAAAAUCAGUACAAGAAGAAUUGGACAAAGCCGUUAAUGAUGGUCUUAUUAUAUUAAAAAAAGGAAAUGAACAAGAUAGUUAUAAAUUACCACUUAAUACAGUUAAUUAUGAUGAUGAUUAUGAUUGGUAUUGUUUCAAGUGUCAAGACAAUGGUUUUGUUGAAAAAUGUGUAAAUUGUUUUAGAGUAUAUCAUACAACUUGUUAUUCACCAACAAAUUCAAUAACAAAACUUUGUGAAUUUUGUGAAAAAAUAAGUACUGAUUCAUAUGAUGAUAUUGAAGCACUUAAUCAUAUUCUUGGUUUUACAUGUGGUCAUUUAAAAGCUAAAUUACCACCAGAAAUAACAAAUAGAACAAUAAUACCAGUUAAUGCUAAUGUUGCUACACCACCUGGUGCAUUAAGAGGACCAACUUGGAUAAGCGAGGGUGAAGAUUCAUGGCGUCCAGAUAUUUUAAUUAAAAAUCAUAUGGAUCUUGCUAUUAUGGAAGCUAAAACACUUAAAAAUGAAUACACAUGUUUAGCUGAAUUUCAAGCAGAUGCACAUAAUAUUUUACAUAAUAUUAUUAUUUAUCAUGGAGAAAAUAGUGCAGUUGGUGAAAUGGGUGUACAAAUGUAUGACGAUUGUUGCUAUGAUUUAAAAGAAAUUCGUAGAUGUGCUGAUUGUUAUAAAAUAUCAAAUGAAAAAGCUGAAAAAAUGUGGUUUUGUAUACCAUGUAAUCCACCACAUAAACUUGUCUAUGCCAAACAAAAAGGAUAUCCAUAUUGGCCAGCAAAAGUCAUGGAAGUUAAAGAUAAUGUUUAUGAUGUUAGAUUUUUUGGUGGACAUCAUAUGCGGGCAAAUAUUGAAAAGGUUUUCAUAAGACCAAUAACAGCAAGUUUACAAAGCUUACAGCCGUCGGAUAAGGGAAAGUGGAAGGAAAUGAAGAUAAAAAGAUCAACAGCAUGGAAUAGAGCAUUUGAUGAAUUAAAGUAUCAUCAAAAUUUACUAUCAAAAAGUGGAAAUAAUCGUCAUUUAACAUGUGACUUGAAGGAUGACGGACCAAAACCAGCUAAAAUAAGAAAAACAGGAAUAAAGGUACCAUCAAAUGGUGCAUCAAAAAUUAUUAAAGAUCUACGUGUCAAAGUAGCACGUUUGACAUCAGGUGGUCUUUUUGGACUUAAUCAGGAUAUCAAAAACGAGAUUAAAAGUGAUGGAUCAAUGAAGAACAGUAGCAGAUCAACAAGUGAAGAAAGACAAGUACCACUACUUCCAGUUGCUGAGGAUGAACCAACUGCUGAAAUUUUUGGUACGUGUCCAUCAAGGUUGAGGAAGGAAGGAUCACAAGAGGACAUGGUUACAUCAAGCUGUCAAGAGCCAAGAUCAAAAUGUGUUCAAGUACAAACUGAUCAAACAGACUCAGUACCAGCAAAGGUAAGACGAGAACGUAGAACAUCAGAACAACCAACCACAACAAAUAUUGAAAAAUUACGACGAGAAAUGGAGUAUGAUAAAUGUCGUGAGUUGGAACAAUUACAAGCUGAUCAUGCUGCUGAAUUACGACAAUUAACUGAAAAACAUCAACAAGUUAUAUCAGAAAUAAAAAAGAAACAAUGGUGUUAUAAUUGUGAAAAUGAAGCAAUUUAUCAUUGUUGCUGGAACACAGCUUAUUGCAGUACUGAUUGUCAACAAAUACACUGGCAACGUGAACACAAAAGAAUAUGUCGACGUAAACGCUAGUUGACACCACACUGUACAAUCAAUAUGUACAAGUUAAAAAAUGUCUUUAAAAAAACACUGUGGUGGUAAAAAAAAAAAAAACAAAAAAAAUCGUGUGAAAUAUCUAUUAAAUAAUUCAUUUAAUAAUAUUUAUAAUAUUAAUAAUAAUUUGAUAAUAAAUUAUGAAAGUCUUUUAAAAUGACUCUAACUAUAAAUAAUGUAAAAAAAAAAAAAAACAAAAUAUGAGCUUGAAUAAUCAUUGACCACUAAUUUUUCAAUUAGAAAAUAUAGAUGAGAAAAAAAAAUUAAUUAACAAAGCUAAUUAUGUCAAAUAUGCCUCAGUAAUAAUUUUUAUAAAAUUAGAAAUAAUUUAAAUUAAUAACUUGAAUUUCUAUGAAUUUUCAAAUUUAAAUAUUCAUUUCAAAAACAAUUUAUACUUACUUAUAUAUAUAUAUUUUUUUCUUUAUUUUGAUUUUCAUCAUGACCAUUGUUUUGAAGCUCAAACUUGAUUAUAAUUUUUUUUUUUUUUUAGUACUAAAGAAAAUCAUUAAUACGUUGACUUAUAAUUUAUAAAGAAUAAAAAUUUUGACUUUUUUGUUUUGAAAAAAUGAAAAAAAAAAAAAAAAAAAAAAAAGUAAUUGUGUAAUAUUUAAGUGUAUAGAAUUUUUUUAUUUUGUUGUUCAAAUUAACAACCAAUCAUUGUUGAAAUAAUUUUUAUUUUUUUUUUUGAAAUUUCAUGAAUUCUCAAUAGAAUAAUUAUUAAUUUUUCUACACAAUUAUAAACAUUUUUUUUUAAUGUUAUUGUGGAAAUUACACAUUCGUUAUAAAAUCAAGACGUCUUUUUUUGUAUAAAAUUGAAUAUUUCUAAUUAUUUUUAGUUUUAUAAAAUUACUCAAUAGAAAAGAAAAAAAAAAAAAAAAA